CUUAGAGAACUUACAAAGGAUGUUCUUCACUACUAUAAGGGCGAUAUAUUAGAUGAACUACCUGGCUUAGUCGACUUCAGCGUCUUCUUAAAACUCACUUCCAUUCAGAAAGAGAUUAUUCAAAAGAAGAUGGGAGCAUAUGACAAGUUCAAAAGAAGUGCAGUAGAUACUUCAUUGUAUGUUCAUCCAUGUCUUUCAGAAAUUUCAGAAGUUAAUGUUGAGGAGAGGGAUAACAACUUGACAGAUAAGUCAAUUGAUAUGAUGAUUGAUUCCAUCGAUGUGAGAGAUGGGGUGAAGGCCAGGUUUUUCAUGAAUAUGCUGUCACUUGCUAGUUCUCAAGGAGAGAAAUUACUUGCUUUUAGCCAAUAUAUACUUCCAAUGAAAUUUUUGGAAAGGCUGCUGGUUAAGGUGAAGGGCUGGCAUGUGGGGAAAGAGAUUUUCAUGAUCCUUGGUGAUACUAGUCAAGAAAACAGAGAAAUGUUAGUUGAUCAAUUUAACAACUCUGCUGAUGCAAAAGUACUGUUUGGUUCUAUCAGAGCAUGUGGCGAGGGUAUCUCCCUUGUUGGCGCGUCAAGAGUUGUCAUUUUGGAUGUUCACCUGAACCCAUCUGUCACCCGUCAAGCAAUCGGGCGUGCAUUCAGGCCUGGACAGCAGAAGAAAGUGUUUGUGUACAGGCUUGUAGCUGCUGAUUCUGCCGAGGAGAAGCACCAUGAGUCUGCAUUCAAGAAGGAAGUUAUACAGAAGCUGUGGUUCGAAUGGAAUGAGCACUGCACAACAGAAGACUUCAAACUUGGUCAAGUUGAUAUUGAUGACUGUGGGGAUGAAUUAUUGGAUACUAAAGCAAUGCGUCAGGAUGUCAAGGCACUGUAUAGGAUGUAGGUAAGAAGCUUUGUGGCCACUGGACGCCAUGUAAAUAUUGCAAUGCUGAUUUUCUGAGCUGGUACAUGAUCUGAUGGUGAUAUGGUGGCAGACUUGUGACGGCAGUUUCUUAGUCAUUUUCAAACUAUGUUUAUGGUAUGGCUCCUUUGUAGUAUGUGCCAACUUGUGACAGCAGUCAGGUUGAUCCUAAAGUUUCUGAGCAUUAACAGCCAUCGUUUUCCCAUAAAGUUUCCAUGGGCAAACAGUAAACAGCUCAUUAAACCCUUUUGUGAAUGUGCGCUCAGUUUGUUUGCUCUCCAGCAUUGGAGGUUA